CUUGCUAUUGGGUUUUGUCAGAUUAGAAUGAACUUUGUCUUUGUUCCUCUUUACAAAGGAAAGCAGGAUCCUCGGUUUUGUUUCGUUAUGAACCCUAAACUAAAAGUAUGCAUCUUGAUUUAUUAAAACGGAGAAGGUCUUUUAUGAACAAACUUGCGUUUGGUACCAGGACAGGUGAGUUAAUACUAGUGUUUGACACUAAAUGGCCCCUAGAAAGGGGACGCGUUAUGAUUUUUGAAAACAAAACUUCCUUAUGGGCAUUUUCUGCCAACUUUUUUUAAAUGCAUUUUUUUUUUCUCGACACAGGAAAUGAGGGAAAUUAUUGGCGUUUAUUAUCAGAGACAUCUUCAGGGUGUAGUCUAAAAGGAAGUAGCCUGGGAGCUGCAGAGUAAGGCAGGCGGUAUGCAUUGCAGCGGAUCGGAACCAGCUGCCCCCGAUCGGACUCCCAGACAGGGCUCCAUUGUGGAGCGGCUGUCUCGGUAUGGCAUGCAGGUCAUGCCCGGAGCCUCCCCGCGUAGGUCGAGGCUGCAGAGGCAGCAAGAAGUAACCGACAGCUCCGCUCCGGAGGAGUCCGUCCCGCCGGUUCUGCGUAGAAAGUACAUGAAGGAGCUUCUCCUGAGCCGGGCAUCCAGCAGCGGAGUGGGCAGCGGGUUGCUGCAGAGCCUCUCCCCGGACCAGGAGGACUCGGACUGGGCUCUGUAUCCCAUGGAGCACGCCUGGAUGCUCCUGGCGGUAGAGGGGAACUACGAAACCAUCAAGGACUUCAUCUCCGAGGACCCGCAGCUGCUGACCCGGCGGGACUUCAUCAGCGGAUACUCGGUGCUGCAUUGGCUGGCCAAGCGGGGACAGGACGAGAUCCUGCUGAAGCUGCUGCGGUUCGCGGAGCGUGCGGGCUUUGCGGUGAAUGUGAACCUGCGGGGCAGCGGCGGGCUAACCCCCCUGCACGUCGCCAGCAUGCAGGGCCAAUUCGCGGAAAUCAAGCUGCUGGUCGGGGCUUUCGGCGCCAACGUGGACGCGAUGGACUACAACGGGAAGCGGCCGUGGCAGUACCUGCGGGAGGACGCCCCGGUGGAGAUGAAGGAGCUGCUGGGCACCUGGGACGAGGAGCACAGCUGCGGCUGUGCGCAAAACUUCAACAAGAAUGUCAACAACAACUGCGCUGGCGCAGUGAGCGCGGCCGCAUGCGAUGAGGCGAAUGGCGAAGAAACUGAAGAAGUGAGUUACUUUGACAGAGCCAAGAGAAGCAGCUGGAGGUUCGAGUCUCUAAGGAAGCUGAAAUCCUCCUUUUCAUUUGUUAGAAGCAAAACUUGAGAUUAUGGCGUACUUUAAAGGGGCAGUGUUCUGUAGAAUCAACCUAUUUUAAGGUUUACAUCAUGCUAUAAUGUUACUCCCUCAUCAAAAACAUACCUGGAGUGUUUCCUUCGAUCUCCAUGGCAACCACUCAGGUGUGGAAAACACCUGGGUGGACCUAGUCCCACCUUUGAGACGCAGCUCCACCUCAUUUCCAAGUUUCUUUCUCCCAGAGCAAACUUCUAUCAGUCGGCUCCUUCAGACUAGCCAGCAGCAAUUAGCAACCACCUGGUAGAACUUAUCUGCUGAGCUCGCUAUAUGAGCUAUUUCUCAAAUCAAUGAAAAAUGUUGGUAAAGGGGCAGUAUGAUGUAAAAUCAAUUCUGAACUUUAUUUCAUGUUCCCUCAUCAAA